AUGCAGCAGCUGCUUCUUUGCUGUGCUGCCGCUGCCGCGGCUUUGGUGGCACGUUCGGCUGCCUUUGUUCCAGCGGGUUUCCGAGUGCAGCCGCAGCAGCCCAGCAUGGCCAGUGCAGCCAGUGAGCAGCAGGCACCAACCUUUGGUGGUCUCACUGGCAUGGCUGCUGCUGGAGUUGCUUUGGGCGCAGCAGCAGGCGUGGCUUCUCGCUGGCAAAAGCGCUCUAGCGUCAUGGCACGUCGAUCCCAUGCAGUGAAGAUCUAUGACACCUGCAUCGGCUGCACUCUUUGCGUGCGGGCGUGCCCUACUGAUGUCUUGGAAAUGGUGCCAGCCACCGUCAACGCGGCAAAGCAGGUUGCAUCUUCCCCUCGAGUUGAGGAUUGCGUCGGCUGCAAGCGAUGCGAGACGGCAUGCCCGACCGACUUCCUUAGCAUCCGGGUCUACCUGCAGGAGAAUGAGGAGACCCAGUACAGCUUGGGCUUGGACUUGGCUGACUGGUCUACAUAA